ACAGACAGAAUGAGAUACAGAGAGCAUGAGAGGGAGGAGGGUCAGAGGGAGAAGCAGACUCCCUGCCGAGCAGGGAGCCCGAUGCGGGACUCAAUCCUGGGACUCCAGGAUCAUGACCUGAGCCGAAGGCAGUCGCUUAACCAACUGAGCCACCCAGGCGCCCAAAAUUUUGAAACUUUUAAAAACAAUAAAUUGCUUUCUGCGCUCGAGCUCGUGGUGGUGGAAGCAGGCGCGCCCUCGACAUGCAGAACGACACCGGUGAGUUCGUGGACUUGUACGUGCCGCGGAAAUGCUCCGCCAGCAACUGCAUCAUCGGCGCCAAGGACCACGUGUCCAUCCAGAUGAACAUGGCCGAGGUUGAUAAGGUGACGGGCAUGUUCAACGGCCAGUUCAAAACCUAUGCUAUCUGUGGGGCCAUUUGCAGGAUGGGUGAGUCCGAUGACUCCAUCCUCCGACUGGCCAAGGCCGAUGGCAUCGUUUCCAAGAACUUCUGACUGGAGAUCACGGAUGUGGGAUGUUUGUCAUAAAUAAAUAGUAAAACCC